AAAUUAAAUAAUCUAAAUAAUUCAAGUGACAAAGAAAUUAUUAUAAUUAAUCAUAAAGAUCAAGAUUUAGAAAAAGAAUUAAUUAAAAGUUCAACUCAAUUUCAUACAAGAGUUAAAACUGAUAAUGGAAUAUCACCAGAAUAUGAUUCAGAUUUUCAAAUCAAAUCUUCAAUUCAGCAACAAGAGGAUCAAUACUCUGAAGAUAAUAGCAAUUCAGAAGCUUAUAAUUUUGAAGAUUUACUUGAUAAAAAUAAUUUGUUUGAAGAAAAUAGUUUAGAUAUUGGUGAAAAAUCUAUUAAAAAUAAAAAACAAAAACUGAUAUUGGUUUUAAUACAACAGACCAAUUAA